UUUUUUCAUUCGAGUCGAGGAUGCUGGAUUGUCAGCAUGCAUUCGUUCAAUAAAGACAUUAAACCAUUGUAUUUUUUUUGUUUGUUUUUAAUUUUUAUUUGACAUAACAUAACGCACCGUGUAGCUGCGGAUAAAACAAAUAUUUAGACUAAUUACACUUCUAGGUGAAAAGAAAUACGUGAUUCACUGUGUAAAUAAAAAUAUCGCUCUGCUCUUCCCAAGAUUACAAACUUUUAGACAUCUCCUCAGUCAGACUUCCUUCAAUGCAAGGCAAGGCAAACGGGUUUUAGAAAACUAAUAACAAGAAGUUUCUUGACAUUAAAUAAAAUCAACUGUUUCCCGUCUGCUUGGAUAAAAAAUGGAAUAAAUUACUUUACAACUUUUCAAUGGGAUCAGUUAUACGGCAGACAUGUGACUCUAACAUUCAGAUAACACUUUGCCUUAUCUAGUCAAAAUUUGCAGGUGUGUCGUGAAAGUGAGAAACAGUUGAAUUACAAAUUUUUACAGUAACUUAUUAAAUAAAAUAUGGACCACCAAGGAAAAUCGCAAUCUUUGCAAUCUCUGGAGAAAGUCGAGGACAAGAAAUCUUUCCAGGAAAAGGUUGCAGAAUGUGGAAGAUUAAUGAUCCAGGCGUCCGUCGAGCCAGCAUCGUUGCUCUUGAUGACAUCAGUCCUCAUGUCAUAUCUCACCUUCCAGAACGUCAUGGUGGAAAAUAUCUGCAGAGUUAGACUCAAACUGGACCAUGACGUCUGCAAAGAAAUCAUAAAGGCAAAUGAAACCUACAAAAAUGAUACCGAACAGAUCAACACAAUUCUCGCCGAGACGAAGAUCUACCGCAGUAUUUUAGACCAUUCCUUUCCCGUGAUCUACGUAAUUUUUAUGGGGCCAUGGAGUGACCACUAUGGACGGAAAUUGUCACUAAUCAUCCCAUUCGUGGGGUACAUCGUGCAGUCAAUAGCCUACCUAAUCUGCGCCCAAUUCUUCAUCGAUUCUGCAGACCCUUUCACCAUGAACAUUUUAACUUCCCUGCCAAGAAGUGUUACUGGGGGCGAACCUGCCUACGCCAUGGCCGCCUAUGCGUAUAUCAGCGACAUUACGACGCAUAAAAGUCGAACGAUUCGAAGCGGUCUGCUCAGUGCCGCCUACACCAUCGGAGUCCCUUGCGGCUUCUCUCUGGGAGGACUUCUGGCCGACGAGAAUGUCUCCAACACCGCCAGUUUCGCCAUCUCGAUCGCAUUCGUCACCACGGGACUGCUGAUCCUUCUCUUCAGGGCUGACAAUUUGACAAAGGCUGACCGGUUAGCGCUGGAGAGGGUGGAGAAAGGUGAUCGGGAUGACGACACCGGUGGAAAAAACGCGGAGGAGGAAGACAUCUUGGGGCCGAAUCCUACGUGGAGAGAUGUACUGAAUCCGAAAAACACUUUAUUCAAGGUGGUCUCACUACCAUUUCGAAAACGCGAGAAUUCUGGAAGGAUAAAAUUUAUCCUCUUGCUGGUCGCCUUCCUUUGCGCGGCAGCUCCGAUUCAUGGCGAGUUUGGCGUUAUUUUCAUGUACGUGUCGAGCAAGCUGAGCUGGGAUGCGAGCAGAUAUGGGUACUUUUCCAGUGUGAACACGCUCAUCGGCGUGGCAGGUGUCGUUUUGUCCAUGGGACUAUUUUCUAAAUGGAUGAAGUUGUCGGAUCCCUUGGUCGGCUUUAUUGCAGGCAUUAGUCAAAUGGCUGGGAGUCUUGUGUACGCUUUUAUCUGCACUGGCUGUGGAUACAUGAUUUAUCUUGCUUCCACAAUCGAUAUGAUGAAUGGAACAAUGAUCGUCAUUUCGAGAAGCAUGUUGUCAAAAAUUGUCGAUGACAAUGAAAUUGGAAAACUCUUCUCGCUAAUUGCAAUACUAGAGACGCUUACACCACUCGCAAUGGACCCCACGUAUUCCAAGUUGUUCCAUUUCACGCUGAAAAACGGGUAUUUUCUGGGGGCGUUCUUCCUCCUCUCGGCGGCACUGACCGUUCCGCCGCAAAUUAUAUACUUGUGGUUCAUUAUUAAAAAUCGCACCUCUAAAAAGAAUCCAAUCGAGGAAAAUUGUGACCAGCCCUCAUUGCCACCCAACGUGCAAACUUCGAGUGGUGCGGAACCGACCAAGAAAAAAAAUGGAAUUAUUUCUGACGGUGGUCACACCAAUCUUGGAUUCCACACUGAUUAAUAACUUGCUAGUAUCAAUCAACUAUCUGGCCAAAUUAAGUAUGCAUGCAAAAUUUUAGCAAAACUGCCAUCAUUUUUUUCUAAUGAACUAUUUUUACACGUCGACAUUUUACUAGUUGCUAAAUAGAAGAUAUUGUGAUAUUUCAACCUAUUUUAUACUGAUCUGAUCAAUUUUGGAGAAUAAUUGUGCUCCAAAAAAACGAAAACAUAAUGGACUGAUAACAAUCAUUAUUCGUACAUGAGUACUUUAAACCUUGUUUUUAUUUAAUAAUUAACGUUAUUUUAACACAACCAACAAACAAUUAACUAAUAUACCUCAUCCUGACUGACACGAAAUUUUGUCGGUUGUCGAGAAUUUUAGAUUAGAAGACGAAAAGUAAUGAAUUAUCAACUAUGAAAGUGAUGGAAAUAAAUACGUUUCAUACUUAUCAUGAACUUGCCCAUAA